CGGCGGGUCCCGGGGGAGCCGGCUCUCCCCCAAUGCAGACGCAUGCCAAUCACCGUCUCUCAUGUGAUAGCUGCUGCCCGUGACGUGCCAAGCCCAUAUGGCCUGGCAUAGAGGCUGGUACCCCGCCUGGUAGAGAUGCCACACUCGCUCCGCGGCUCGCAUGGCGCUCUGAAGACGCCGGCGCCCGCCGCCUUGAGGAGCCGCUGCCCCCGCUCCCUGAAGAUGGGGGAACAAUGAAAUAAGCGAGAAGAUUCCUCUUCUCCCCCCUCUCUCUCUUGCCCCCUCCCCCUCCCCUCCCCUCUCCCCUCGACUCCUCUCCGAGGCACCAUGCUGACCCGCCUGUUCAGCGAGCCCGGUCUCCUCUCGGACGUGCCCAAGUUCGCCAGCUGGGGCGACGGCGACGACGACGAGCCGAGGAGUGACAAGGGCGAAGCGCCACCUCCGCCCCCGCCGCCGCCGGGGCCCGGGGCUCCGGGGCCGGCCCGGGCCUCCAAGCCAGUCUCUCUCCGUGCGGAAGAGGUGCCAGAGGCCGCGCUGGCCGAGGUCAAGGAGGAAGGGGAGCUGGGGGUCGAGGAGGAGGAGGAAGAGGAAGAGGAGGAAGGGUUGGACGAGGCAGAGGGCGAGAGGCCCAAGAAGCGCGGGCCCAAGAAGCGCAAAAUGACCAAGGCGCGCCUGGAGCGCUCCAAGCUGCGGCGGCAGAAGGCGAACGCCCGGGAGCGUAACCGGAUGCACGACCUGAACGCGGCGCUGGACAACCUGCGGAAGGUGGUGCCCUGCUACUCCAAGACGCAGAAGCUGUCCAAGAUCGAGACGCUGCGCCUCGCCAAGAACUACAUCUGGGCGCUCUCGGAGAUCCUGCGCUCGGGCAAGCGGCCGGAUCUGGUGUCCUACGUGCAGACGCUGUGCAAGGGCCUGUCGCAGCCCACCACCAACCUGGUGGCCGGCUGCCUGCAGCUCAACUCGCGCAACUUCCUCACGGAGCAGGGCGCCGAUGGCACGGGCCGCUUCCACGGCUCCGGAGGCCCGUUCGCCAUGCACCCCUACCCCUACCCGUGCUCGCGCUUGGCGGGCGCGCAGUGCCAGGCGGCGGGCGGCCUGGGCGGCGGCGCGGCGCACGCCCUGCGGACCCACGGCUACUGUGCCGCCUACGAGACGCUGUAUGCGGCGGCGGGCGGCGGCGGCGCGAGCCCGGACUACAACAGCUCCGAGUACGAGGGCCCGCUCAGCCCCCCGCUCUGUCUCAACGGCAACUUCUCGCUCAAGCAGGACUCGUCGCCCGACCACGAGAAGAGCUACCAUUACUCUAUGCACUACUCGGCGCUGCCGGGCUCGCGGCCCACGGGCCACGGGCUGGUGUUCGGCUCGUCCGCGGUGCGCGGGGGCGUCCACUCCGAGAAUCUGUUGUCUUACGAUAUGCACCUUCACCACGACCGGGGCCCCAUGUACGAAGAGCUCAACGCGUUUUUUCAUAACUGAGACCUCGAGCCCGCCCUUCUUUUUCUUUGGCCUUUACCCGCACCCCUGUCCCCAGCCCCCCCGAGCGCAGGGGCACCCUCACCUACUCUGGCGCCGGGUGCGGGGUGCGGGCCGCCGGUCCCGCCGCUCUCCUGGGCAGCGUGGUCCUCUUAACAGUGGGUGGGGGGGCGGCCCUCCCAGGGGCCUCGCUUCCCCCAGGGGACUCGCCUUCUCUCUCCCCAAGGGGUUUCCUCCACCUCUUUCCCAGGGAGAUCUUCUCCAGGGAGCCCUCCCGGGGCACUCCCUGGAGACCCCCCCCAUCCCCAACCCCUACACUUAGGUCCCCUUCUCCCCUUUCCCCUGCAGGCCGAGACGUUGGUAAGGAGGCAGCGGAGCCGUGGGAUGGCGUCCCUCCCCUUAUUAUUACUGUUACUUGUAAAGCAGACACCGAGCCGCCGAGGCGGAAAGGGGCCGGCGUCCCCUCCCUCCCGAAGGGGGCGGAAGUCAGGGUGCCCCCGCCUGGACCUGCAAUGCCCUCACCCCCAACCCCUAGUCUCAGCGUUUUGUGAUUUUCAUUUUGGCGGGAGGGAAUGUGAAUUGAGAGGAAAGAGAAAAGCCAAGACCAUUUGUCACUAGAAUCUGUUUUUCCCUUUCCCUUUUUUAAAAACAAACCAACAUACAAAAACAAACAAACAAAAAAAAGUUAAGAGGCAACGGAGGCUGAACGCAGAGUCCGGAUCGGAGAAAAAAAGCAGUAAGAACUUUUAGAAGCAAUAAAAGGCAAAAAAAAUACUACUACCAAUAAUAAAAAGACACAAAUAUCUAUGCAAGGAGGUUCUGCCUGAGCCUGGCGGCCCGGCCCGGCCCCGGGACGCCCCUCCCGGCCCGCGGGCCGCGCCGCCCCAGCGCGGGUCUGUGCACUUUGGUGAAGUGGCGGCCGGCGCCGCCCCCUCCUCCUCCCCAGGUUCUUACAAUCAGUGACUCGGAGAUUUGGGGCCCCAGUGCCACUGCCCUCCCCCGCCCCGUCCCCGUUGUGCGUCAUGCUGUUUUUUAAAAACCUGUUUCCAAAUUUGUAUGGAAUGGCAAACUGUUGGGGGGGUCGGUUUGGGGAGGGAGGGUCUGCAUGAGAGACACACACGCACACCACACCGCAAGCAUCCACAGGCCGGGCGCGGGCGUCCGGGGGCAGGGGGUGGGGGCAGUCCCGCGGCUCCGCUCCCCGCAGGCACCGCUACUCCUUCCCGCGGUGAGGGUGGAGGCCUCGAUCUGGGGGCAGCCCCGCCCCCGCCCGACUGCGCCCCGGCGGGCGUCCGAGGCCCAGCGAUUUCCGGUGGCUGGAGAAGGCAUUUCUGUCGGAGUUGUCCUCUUGGCUCAGGCUGGCAGGUGGGCAGGGAGAGGGCUGAGGGCUCCUUCUGGAGGCUUCCCCCCCCCCAAAAAAAAAGGGGGCACAAGACGAACCUCUCCCCACCGGAGGCAGGAAAUCAGGCAUCCAAACACUCGGUGCAAAAUGCAAACCCACAGGCGACACACCCACACACUCACCCACACACUCACACGCAAUUUUACCUUCCUCUUGUAGCGAAGAUUAAACUCCCGUCGGACACCCGAAGUGCAUUGCGUGUUUCUGUUCAGUUUAAUGACGAUUAAUAAAUAUUUAUGUAAAUGAGAUGCAAA